GAGGGUAAAAAAAUGAAUGAAAGAGUCUUUUUAGAAGUGUUGUGAGACGUGUGCAGCACAUUGACACGUGGAGGGAAAACGACAAACAGCACAGAAAAGCCUAGAAAACACCUGAGAGGAUUUCAAUUUUUAAUGGAGGGUCUUCUUAACGCGGCUCGCCUUAGGCGCUAUUCAGAUUUGAUGACAAUGCCGGACUCCUUUAUUCAGCGCCAGCAGCUCGAUGCCAGCAUGGCUGACACCUUCCUGGAACAUCUGUGUCUGCUGGACAUAGACCAGGAGCCAAUCACAGCGCGCAACACCAGCAUAAUCUGCACCAUCGGCCCGGCGUCUCGAUCGAUCCAAAAGCUGCAGGAGAUGGUGAAGGCUGGAAUGAACAUCGCUCGUCUUAAUUUCUCACACGGCUCUCAUGAAUAUCACAGCGAGACCAUCAAGAACAUCAGGGAGGCCGUGGAGACCAUAACCUCUGACCCUCUGUAUUAUCGACCGGUGGCCAUCGCUCUGGACACCAAGGGCCCAGAGAUCCGCACGGGUUUAGUUAAAGGGAAAGUGGACGAGGAGGUGCAGCUGGUGAAAGGCAGCCAUGUUCGAGUGGUGACUGCUGGGAGUGAAAGAGACAAGACGGAUGAGACGACGGUCUGGGUGGACUAUCCUCACCUGCCCAAAGUCCUGGAGAAGGGAAGCAGAAUCUACAUAGACGACGGCCUCAUGGCACUCAAGGUGUUAGAAACAGGCUCUGAUUGGGUGGACACAGUGGUGGAGGCGGGUGGACUGCUCUGCAGUCGUAAAGGUGUGAACCUCCCGGGAUGCGACCUGAUCGGCCUGCAGGCGGUGAGCGAGCAGGACGAGGCCGACCUGCGGUUCGGGGUGGCUCACGGCGUGGACAUGGUGUUCGCCAGCUUCAUCCGCUCCGCCCAGGACGUGAAGGAUGUGCGUCGAGCUCUGGGAGAGCUUGGGUCGCACAUCAAAAUCAUCAGCAAAGUGGAGAGCCGCCAAGGAGUCCAGAAUUUCGAGGAGAUCCUAGCUGAGAGUGAUGGCGUGAUGGUUGCCAGGGGCGACUUGGGUAUUGAGAUUCCUGCUGAGAAGGUCUUCAUUGCCCAGAAGAUGAUGAUUGGACGAUGCAACUCUGCAGGAAAGCCCGUCAUCUGUGCCACACAGAUGCUGGAAAGCAUGGUGUCCCACCCGCGGCCAACGAGGGCAGAGGGCAGCGACGUCGCCAACGCCGUGCUGGAUGGAGCAGACUGUGUAAUGCUAUCUGGAGAAACUGCCAAGGGAAGGUUUCCCUUGGAGGCGGUAGCAAUGAUGCACUCGAUCUGCAGGGAAGCAGAGGCAGCCAUUUUUCACCACCAGCUCUUUGAGGAGCUGCGUCGCCUCACUCCUCUGUCCUCUGACCCCACAGAGGUUACUGCCAUCGGAGCUGUGGAGUCCUCCUUCAAGUGCUGUGCUGGAGCCAUCAUAGUCCUGACUAGUACUGGAAGAUCGUCACAUCUCCUGUCCAGAUACCGCCCACGCUGUCCAAUCAUUGCAGUUACCAGAAGCCCUCAGGUGGCCCGUCAGUCCCAGCUGUUAAGAGGCGUGUUUCCUGCCCUCUUUCACCCUCUGCCGGCACCUGUCUGGGCCGACGAUGUUGACAGCAGGGUCAAAUUUGGCAUGGACAUAGGGAAAGCGCGAGGAUUCUUCAAGUCGGGCGACAUGGUGAUUGUGGUGACAGGCUGGAUUCCAGGCUCUGGGCACACAAACAUCAUGAGGGCGGUGCAUGCACCAUAACAUCAGACUGACACCUUGUCUAAGCUACAAAGAAUUAUUAUAAAGCAGAAAAAAAGCUAAGAAAUGCUCCUAAAUUGAAAAAAAUAAACUUUACUAAUAAUUUAAAGCAGUAUCUGUAAACAUAACACUUUGAGAACACAUGCAGCCAAUCCAUGAAUGUUUGUUAAAACUCCUUUCAAUAAAACUUGAACCUCCA